AUGGCCCCAAACCUACGAAAAAACCACGAACUACUAAAAAUCAUCAACGACGCCCUAAUUGACCUCCCCACACCCUCAAACAUCUCAACAUGAUGAAACUUCGGGUCACUCCUGGGCAUUUGUCUAAUUACCCAAAUUGUAACAGGCCUGCUGCUAGCAACACACUACACAGCAGACACCUCCCUAGCUUUCGCCUCAGUAGCCCACAUAUGCCGAGAUGUACAAUUUGGCUGACUAAUCCGAAACCUCCACGCAAACGGCGCCUCCUUCUUCUUCAUCUGCAUCUACCUUCACAUCGGCCGAGGAAUCUACUACGGCUCAUAUCUAAACAAAGAGACCUGAAACAUCGGAGUCAUUCUCCUCCUAACCCUCAUAGCAACUGCCUUCGUAGGAUAUGUACUACCCUGAGGACAAAUAUCCUUCUGAGGAGCCACAGUAAUCACAAACCUACUCUCAGCCAUCCCCUACAUCGGCCAAACAUUAGUAGAAUGAGCCUGAGGAGGAUUCUCAGUAGACAACCCCACACUAACACAAUUCUUUGCUCUCUCCUUCCUACUCCCAUUCGUCAUUGCAGGCCUCACACUAGUUCACCUCACCUUCCUGCACGAAACAGGCUCAAACAACCCAUUAGGUAUCCCAUCAGACUGUGAUAAAAUCCCCUUCCACUCCUACUACACCACAAAAGAUAUCCUAGGCUUCGCACUAAUAUUCUUCCUCCUAGCUUCACUAGCCCUAUUCUCCCCCAACCUACUAGGAGACCCAGAAAACUUCACACCUGCCAAUCCCCUAGUAACACCCCCCCACAUCAAACCUGAAUGAUACUUCCUAUUCGCCUACGCCAUUCUACGAUCCAUCCCCAACAAACUAGGAGGAGUCCUAGCCCUAAUAGCUUCAAUCCUAGUUCUAUUCCUACUUCCCCUACUCCACACAUCCAAACUACGAUCAAUAACAUUCCGACCACUCUCCCAAAUCCUAUUCUGAACCCUAGUCGCCAACGUCCUAGUUCUCACAUGAGUAGGCAGCCAACCAGUAGAACACCCAUUCAUUAUCAUCGGCCAACUAGCCUCACUCUCAUACUUCACAAUUAUCCUAAUUUUAUUCCCCCUCACAGCCAUCCUAGAGAAUAAAAUACUGAAACUAUAA